AUGGUCUUCCCAACUUGCAGGGAUGCAGCAGGGUCGAAUUUUGCAGAUCAGUUGUCCUCGUCGUUGCAGUCUUCAUCGUCCGGUUCAGAAGUUGGCAUCGUUCCGGCAACAACGUUAGCCCAAGAAUCGGCUCAAAAUUGGUUCAUCGCCAAUGUUUUUGACAAUGAGACUCAGUUGGCAGUUGGUGUGGAUUCCAAUUUGAAAAACCUUUCCGAUACCGAUAUUAUUUGCAAUGGUGCGCCAUCUCUUCAGCGACUUUCUAGUGCAAAAUCACCAAACUUUGGUUGUCCCGACAUUUUCACGGCGAUAGGUGCGUCUUGCCUUUGUUUAAGUGUUGGACAAAACGCUUCGGACACGUGGGAAUUCCAUGUUGCUAAAUCAAGUUCAGGAGACAAGUUUCCAGUUUUGCUUACGGCGGUGAAUGCCCUCCUAAUCGAUUCCAUCAGGACAUUGUUGGUCCCUCCAACUCUUAAAACAUUGCGCAUUUUCGGUGAAGGAAUCGAGCCACAGAAUAUUCAAUUUAUACCAAUGGAUAGACGUGAUCAUGGAUCAGUAUUGCCUCUUGCUAUCAGUAAUGGUUCAAUCUCAAUUUCUACAGUGGAAAUUAAAAACAUUAACAUGUUUUCUAUAACUAUAUCGGCGGCGUCUUUUUUGCCACCCUCGACAAAGAAUCUAACGCUUCGCAAUUGCAACUUGUUUGCAUUUGGGCCUCGAUUUUUUGAUGGAUUGACUCAUUUGCAGCAUUUGGAUCUCUCCUCUAACUCAUUGACUGUGCCGUACGUUGGAUCAACCACACAAAGCUCUUGCUCAAAUCAGUUUUGCGCUGUCGAAACACUUAAUCUCACGAACAACAGCCUGACUACGUUUCCGACAGCAGUACUAAACAUUGACAGUUUACGGGAAUUGUAUAUUGCUCAAAACGAUAUAACCGACUUCAAAAUCAGCAUGACGACUUUUAACGCCAUCAAAAGUUUAAGAGCCUUUGAGUCCGAUUUGCCGGAUAUAUCUGCGACAUGCCCUGACGGCACAUGGCAGACAGCACAUAGAUCUAACUUCUGCGUCACCAAUACCACUAUCGCGGAAUCAAUAGAAUCAAGUCCAUCCUCAUGGAAUCAAUGCACCACGUACGUCGUGGUCAUUGCUGGCUGCUUAAUUUCAGCCCUUAUCGUUUUGCUCUUCCGACAACGAAAUCACUCACGUCCUCGUACGCCUUCAUCCGUGUCUUUACCUGCGGCCUACUACCUCUCUCAAAGUGGAAACAAUACAAUAAAUAUCCAAACAUCUGACACUAACAGUAUCGAAACUUUGCUGAAAGACCCUCUGAUUAUCAACAACCGACUUAACUUCUCGGAAAUUACGCUACGUAAGUGCCUCAGCAGAGGCGGCUUUGGUCUGGUGUUUUUGGGUGAGUUCAAAGGUCGUCAAGUGGCAGUGAAAAAAAUUCGUCCUGAUCGUAGUAACGAUCCCCAAGAUCUCAAAGCGUUUCUUAGAGAGAUAAUUUUGAUGGCUAGACUUUCACAUCCGCGCAUCGUUGAGUACAUCGGCGUGGCGUGGGAUCGACUGCAGCAAAUUUCCGCUGUGACUGAGUACAUGGAGAGUGGUGACUUGAGGCACGUAUUACGCACUUAUCAGCGUCAAGGCAAUCCAUUGACUUGGACGACUUCAAAGAUUUCAAUUGCACUACAUAUCGCAGAGGCACUUCAGUACUUACACUCACACACUCCAAAGGUGAUUCAUCGCGAUUUAAAGUCUAAAAAUGUGCUUAUCAACAUGCAUUUGGAGGCAAAGUUGACUGAUUUUGGCGUUGCGCGCAUGCAAAGCCACGCCAUGACUGCAGGAAUUGGUACGUCAUUUUGGAUUGCACCCGAAGUCCUUUUGGGUCGAGAGUAUGAUGAACAGGCCGAUAUUUAUUCGUUUGGUGUUGUCUUGUCUGAGAUUGACACGAACGAUUAUCCAUUCUGGAAUGAUGCUAACUGCAACAGCCCACGGGGUAAACUACAAGAGGCAGAUAUACUCCGGCAGGUUGUAACAGGCAACAAACGGCCACAAUUUUCUCCUGAUUGUCCUGAUGGCAUUUUGUCGAUCGCAACGGUAUGCCUGCAGGAAAACCCCAAAGAUAGACCGAAUGCUUUGGCUGUCGUAGCGGCGCUACAGCAACUUCUCCGCCCAAGCUUACAUUCUGAUUCACUACGUUGA